AUGGCUCCUCUGAGGGUGCCCACGGAUUUGUUCACGGACGAUUUAUCGGACUUCUAUAAUUACUCGACGCAGAUCCCCCAUGAGACGAGGCACCACGGGAGGCACAGGAACCACUCCCACACCCGCGAGAACCACACGAAAAAUCACAACUUAGUGGACUUCUUAUCAAACUCUAUUAUAGAAGCGAUGAAUACUAAAUUCGUGCCUGAGAACAGUGUUUUGCCGGACCUGGAGCCUUUGUCGACGCAUAUGGACGGUGCAAUGGACAGGCAUUAUCCUUUUAGGAUGAAUGUCACACUGAAUAGGUCAGAUUUCGGUGGUGUUAGUGAUGAAUAUAUGUAUAGGCACAGCGGGGUAAUGACGGCUGUUUAUUGCGUCGCUUAUCUGCUUGUGUUUGUUGUGGGCCUGAUAGGGAACUGUUUUGUGAUAGCUGUCGUGUAUCGGUCGCCGCGUAUGAGAACUGUUACCAACUUCUUCAUCGUGAACUUGGCUGUGGCGGAUAUUCUGGUGAUCGUGUUUUGUCUGCCGGCUACCCUUAUGUCCAACAUAUUUGUCCGUGAGUACUUUUUUGUUAUUCGUACACAAUGGAAUGCGGAGAUGGGAAAAAUUUUAUUCUGUUUAAUGACUUCAAUAAAGUUCGUUCUUAGUUGA